AUGACAACGCGCAAUCUCUUGUCCGGCCCUAUUACACUUUCCGAGGCCAAAUCGAAAAGUCGCAACGUUCUUCACGCUCUGCGCUUCCCCCUACAGAAGCGCGAAUUCUACGCGCGCAUCGAGCGCCAACGCCAUCUUCUCUCCCACAUCGUUGCACAUCAUCUCAACACAGACAUUGCAAGUGUGACCAUUUCCGAGCAAGAGCACUGGAUCCACGGGUCAUUUAAUCUCUGCGUACCGGUGCUUGUCAACAAUGCUGCUGCGGUCAUUGUUCGCUUUCCGCUGCCAGGCCGCAACCUACGCAUGGAUUCAUGA